CCCGUUUUUUCUGAACAAAGCCCUUUGGAAAAUUUUGUUGAGUACCUGUGGAUAUGUUUUCUCUGUGAUUUUUCCAGUGAUUUUGUUUGUGAAAAUGGCAGAGGGCGGGUUUGAGAUCAUACCGGAUCCAGAGAAUAAAGAAAAUGAAGUGCCAAUUGAGAUGGGGCCCAGUGAAAAAGAGCUGAAAAGACUGGAAAAAGCCCAGACUACGGCUCUGUUCAAUGAAAAUGCCACCCGGAACAUGGAGAGGCGCUUGGAGUACCUCAUCAAAGAGUCUCAGCUGUAUGAUCAUUUCAUCACAAACAGCAAGAGACGCGAAGGAAGAAGCCCAGACAAAAAUAUGGAUCUUCCCAAACGGAAGGCCAGGGAAACCAAUGAGUCUAAAGAUGUUUUCAAAUUCCAUUCCACUCCGGACUUCAUCCAGAAUGGAGUAAUGAGGGAUUAUCAGAUAGAGGGACUCAAUUGGAUGAUAUCUCUUUAUGAGAAUGGAAUCAGUGGGAUUCUUGCCGAUGAGAUGGGGCUGGGAAAAACCCUGCAGACAAUUUCAUUCCUGGGCUACCUUAAGCAUACCAAGGAGCUGUCCUCGAAACUGAAGUAUCUUGUAGUUGUCCCCAAGUCGACCAUGCAGAACUGGCUGAAUGAGUUUAAACGCUGGUGCCCGACUAUUAAAGUCUUGGCUCUUCAGGGGGAGAAAUAUGCCCGAAAGAGGCUGAUCAAGACGGUCCUCAAGAGAAAGCAGUGGGAUGUCCUUUUGACAUCUUAUCAGAUGGUUUUCAUAGAGUUCAAUGCCUUACUGAAAACCAAGUAUCACACAGUUAUCCUGGAUGAGGGCCAUUCGAUUAAAAAUGAGGAAAGUCUGACAGCCCGGCAGAUCAGGAAGGUCAAAACGAAUCAUAAGAUGAUCCUCACAGGAACUCCCAUUCACAACAAAAUCCACGAAUUUUGGGCCUUGAUGAACUUCCUCAUGCCGGAUAUCUUCAACAGUGGAGAGGACUUUGACAGAUGGUUCGAAGACAUGGAAGUUCUCAACAAUGCCGAACUGACGGACCGUCUGAAGGCAAUAAUAAAGCCCUUCCUCCUGCGCAGAAUUAAGUCGGAUGUGGAAAAGGGACUGAAACCCAAACAAGAACUUAAAAUUUACGUAGGAAUGACGGAUAUGCAGGAGGAGUGGUACAGAAAGGUCCUCCUAAAGGAUGUCGAAUUAAUAAAUGAACAAGGCUACAAAUACAAGAUGAAAAUCGAUUACCUUAUCAUGCAUCUCCGGAAAGUCACAAAUCAUCCCUAUCUCUUCGAAGGAGCCGAAGAAGGGCCACCAUUCAUCGAGGGGGAUCACGUGAUCGAGAAUAGCGCGAAAAUGGUUGUCCUGGACAAACUUCUGUCUAAAUUUAAGGCUGAAGGAUCCAGAGUUCUGAUCUUCAGUCAAAUGACUCGAAUGCUAGACAUUAUCGAGGAUUACUGUCAAUACCGGAAAUAUUCCUAUUCCCGCCUGGAUGGUUCUUUGUUGGGGGAUGAUCGAACGAAGCAAAUUGAUGAUUUCUCGAAGAGUGGCAGCGAUAAAUUUAUCUUCCUCCUGUCCACUAGAGCUGGAGGCCUGGGAAUCAAUCUGGCGUCAGCAGACAUUGUCAUCCUCUACGACAGCGACUGGAAUCCUCAGAUGGAUCUCCAAGCGAUGGACAGAGCUCACAGGAUUGGCCAGACCAAGCAGGUAAAAGUGUUCCGGCUGAUAGUGGAAAAGUCCGUGGAUGAGAGAAUUGUGGAGUGUGCCGAGAUGAAAUUUGCCCUGGACCAGAAAUUGAUCAAAGGUAAUCAUGGUGCAAGGUCAAAUAUGCUAAAAAGAAUCGUCACCAUGGAUAUGGAACAACACAUUCAAGGGAAGGCUGUGAAACUGGUGGAUGAGGAUCUGGACACUCUGCUGACGCGCUGUCAAGAAAGGCAGAAGAAGGAGGAUGCAGAAAAAGCUGAUGUGAUGGUUCUAAAGCACAAAUAUGAAAGUCUCUACAAAUUCAACGGGGAGGAUUACAAGGAGAAGAAGAAAAUUCACCAAGCAACGAAAAUUGUAGAAGAUAUUCCUCGCUGGACCAGACGUGCUCGAUCUCUAACUAUUGGUCCUUCUCUGAAUGCUAAUAUUCCUCAACUUCCUUUUUAUGUUCAAACGUAUUACGCCUUCUGGUUCUUUCCCAAACCUCUCCAAGAUUACAUUCAGAGAGAAAAGUACUUUUACAUGAAGGCGAAGGGCAUUCAGUCAUUCGACUUGAAGGAGAAAGAAGCAAUAGAUUCGGCAACGCCUUUGACGGAUCAAGAACGUGUAGAGUACGAGGAACUCCUGAAGAAUUCCUUCAAAGAUUGGACUGUAAAUCACUUUGAAGAAUUCAUAAGAGCUUCAGCUAAAUUUGGGAGGGACAAUAUUGAAAAGAUCCGUGAUUAUAUGAGAUUACAAGUCCUCAACAAUCAAUUGGAGGAUUAUUGCAAGGUAUUCUGGGAGAGAUACAGGGAGAUACCGAAUUAUCAGAAAUACAUUCAGAUCAUUGAAGAUGGUGAGUCUCGGCUCAAUAAGGAGUCUCCACCGAUGAAGAGGACGUUCAAGGGCAUUUCUGUUGGGGAUGAAGAUGCAGAUGAGAUGCUGGUGGAUUCUCCUUCUACAAAAUAUUUCAAAAAUUCCUGAUGCGAUUUAAUCUUCUCCAUCUUUGUUUUUUUCUAAUUUUUUCUAAUUGUUUUGUUACCAUUAAUUUGAUAUUUUCUUUAAGGCAACAUCUCUGUGUGAUCUAAUUUAUAAAAUAAAAAAAUUAAAAAAAGGCAA